AUGGUCCUCCAGUCCCUCAAGUCUCACAUCUUUGAUGAUGUCUCCAAAUAUGCCACCAGAUGGCUCCACGAGUUACCCCAUGUCAUUUGGCAUCUCCAAACCCAAAAGAGUCAGGCUACUGGCUAUACUCCCUUCUUCUUGGAAUACGGCUCCGAGGUUGUGUUGUCAACAGACGUGGCAUUCGGCACUUCGCGGAUCCAAUACUAUGAGGAGGGUGAAGCAGAAAAGAGUCGGCAGGUUGACAUCGACAGCUUGGAAGAGCACCUCGUGGCGAUCCUCAUCCAGCAUCCGCGGCACGAGCAGCAGAUCCGACACUACCAUGACACGAACGUCCAGGAACGCUCAUUCAAUGUCGGCAACCUCAUGCUUCGUUGGAUCCAGUCCACCAAAGACAUGCACAAGCUGUCGGCCCCUGGGAGGGUCCCUUCAUCGUCAAAAAAACUCAUCCAACCUGGCACAUACCGACUGCAGUAG